ACACGGGAGAGCUGUCGGCAGGCAUUCAAGUGCGGCAUAACUGCCAAACAGAUUGUCAACUAUCUGGUGAUGCACUCACACCCACAGCUGCACCACCAGAACCCUAUCAUUCCGGGCACUGUUGUCGACCAGAUCUCACUUUGGGAACAGGAAAGGGAUCGACUCCUCUUUAAGGACGGCGUCCUUUACAGUCAAUUCAAUUCGCAGCCGGACUUUGAUUUACUCAAGAAAUACGCCAAUGAUCUAGGUGUUUUGAUUUGGAACAAUCCUUUGCGACGAGUGAUGGUUGUGAGCCAUGACGGACACGACGAGGUGAGACGCUUCUGGAAGAGGCAUAAAAAGGAUCAUUAAAUUAACCAUUCAUUCAUCAAAUCAUUAGACAUUAAAUCAUUGAUAUUUUUGCAAUUUAUUAAAUUUAUUUAUUACUAAUAAAACGUGAUAUAA